GUCGCUCGCAGCACAUAGAUGGCCGAUGAGGUGCGAGCCGCAGCGCCGCCGCCUAGAAGGAAGAAACCAUCACCCCCUCCGUCGAAUCAUGUUCCUUCAACCGGCGGUGCUAGUGUUCCCAAGCGGCUUUCACGUAUCCUGAACCUCAACGAACUGCGCCUACAAACCGCUGGCAAUGAAACCCCGCCGACGGGGACGUUAGGCGUCCACCCUCCCUCAGGCCCAUCGGACAAAACGCUUCUGAUCGAUCGGAUCUACGCCAAAGGAAUCAAACGCACGUUACUCCAAGCGCAAUUGUUCCCGCCCAAAAAAGAAUCCGGCUCGAAGCUAAGUCCAUUCACGUUACAGCCGCUUGUGCCGCCGCUGUCGACGGAAAAGUCCUUGGUACCACGUCGACCAGAGUCGAAUCACACCACGCCAUCGUUUCCGUCGGGAAACAAAGGGGCUCUGACACCUCGUCCAAUGGUUCCUAAGGCGCCUUCGUCGACUCCAGCUUUGGCUGAAACAUCGCCGCCGGUUCCGUUAAGCGCCCGGGAUGCGUACUACCUCGACGGUCGCCGCCCGCAGGCCAAGAAGCCCAAGUUCGUGUCGCUGUCCGUUCCUGUCCCCCGACAGUCCGCAGAGCCCACCCGACCGCCAAACGACUCGUCCGUCCCGCCAACCCGAGCCCAACUGCUGCAGAAGUCCACGCAGCUGAAAACGUUCACGGAAAGCGUUGAAGAAAGCAUCUUGACCAGGGGCGUGCCCAAAGAUUCGUUCUUGUAUCUCGUCCGGGCAGAAGACAACCCGUACAAACUCGUAGUCGUGGACCACGCGGCCAUCAACGUGCACGACUACUACACGAUGAGUCGGGCCGGCAUCACCCACUUCUGCGACGGCGUGCCCGAGUUCACGUACCUCGAGACGUUCGAGCGGGAGCACUACAUGUUUUCUUUGGUUCGUGAGAUCCCGUUCUUCCAAAAAUACCGCGUGUGGAAGCAGUUCCGGACGUGGAAGACCAACGUACGGGCAUUCAAGACAGCGGUGUGCAAGCGCGUAUUGACCCAGGACCUGUUCAUCCUCCGGUCGAGUCUCCAUGGGGCGCUCAUGGAGCUGCGGACGCUGUGCUACAACAUGGGGCUGCUUCGGGUCUUUACGAUCGAAGCGCGGCGCACGUACACUUUGGUCGAGUUCUCCGAGCGCCAGCAAGUGCAGAUGACCGACACCCAAACCCGAAUCGGCGACUUUGUCAAGACGAUCGUCGCGACCACCCACACGACGUGCAACGCGUUUCUGAGCGACUUUCUGCUGGCCAACGGGUUUGCCACCCCCGAAAAACUGCCGCCGAACCUGUCGUCCAUUCUGGCGCUCAUGGGGCAGAGCGCCUCGGCCGAAGACGAGUCCGACGUCCGGAACCCCGUGGAUGCCCCGUCGUCAGCCGAGACCAAAGCCGUGUGGCAGAACGGCCGCGCGGUCACGUUCACGGAGCGCGCGGCCAUGCGCACCCAGUGCCGAAAAAUCACCAAGUUGAUCCGGCUCGUCGAGUUCUUCGUUGUGGAUUCGUUCAUGCUGCUGGGCGUCAUCUCGACCCAGUACUUGCUCGACGAAAUGCGGCGGCUCGCGACUGUCUUGGCGGCAGACGUCAAGACCAAAAAGACCGCUUCGUCCUCCCAACCCACCCCCACCACCACUGCCGCCACAACAAUACCUGGCAAACAAAAGCUCAAGCUGCACGCGGCGCCCCCGCCGGCCGCGACCCCCCUCUUCCGCGUGGAGAUCCACCUCCACUUGCUCGCGGAACCAGGGUCGGAUUCGUAUAGAUCGGACCUGUUGUUCACGCCUAGCUGCGACGAACUCCGAGCCGAGAUGGAAAGCGUCGUGUUUUGCGGCCUCAAAGCUGCCACCAAGCGCGACCGCCUCAUGAGCCACGGUGAGUUUGGGCCGUUCGUCAAGCCCUCAUUAGACGAAAUCUCCAACGGCGAGCUCUCGGCGGGACUGAAUCUUGACAUGAUGGUGCUCGAGGACGCGCGGUUCCAGACCAUGACUUCUGGCAUCGGCGACUUGAUCACGCAAUCGUACGAAGACCUCGUCACGUUUACGCAAUCCCUAGCCACGUUCCAAGACGAGUACAUUGAGAACAUGGCGUUCUGCCACGUCGCGUCCGACUUGGCCGACGUCGCCAACCUCGGCCGGUCGAUUGACGAUUUGAGAGAUCACCUGGACAAGUACUCGGAGCAAAUCGCUCGGUUCGAUACGCUGGGGGACACGGCCGUGGUGGGGCUCAUCCUGGCCGACUGCCGCGCCCUCAACGCCACGUUAAAGCCAUCGCCCAGGCAAUGCAUGGACGCCCUCCACCUUCUCAUUCCCACCAUCGCCCAACACAAGAAUGAAGACUUGAUGUUGGAAGUGUCAAAGGCGAACGAUGCGAUUUCGUCGAUCCCGACCACGGUGGACGAGUUCGCGCAAGCGUUGGCGUCGCUGCGAGACACUCAGUCGAAAAUGAACGGCUUAGAUGACCGCUACAUGUUUUUGAAAAUGUUGUAUGGGCUCACGGACGAAUAUAAAAUACGGGUGUCGGACUUGGACUCAACCAAUGCGUUUAUGCUGGCGCAAAAGCGCGCCCAGCUCAAAACGUCGAUGGAUUUGCUGGACACGUCCACGGAAGCGUACACGGACAAGUUCUCCAAAGAGCUGGAAAAGAAGAUUCCGAAACUCACCAGUCAAAUCCAAGAGCGCUUUGACGAACUCAACGACGAGCGACUGGCGUCGAUAUCAAGCGACGCGGCGGAGAUGCUGACGCUGCUCGAAGGCAUCCACGACCGCCUGCUCGAGCACGAAACCACCAGCAUCAAGUACAUUGGGUUCCAGAAAACACUCGGGUUGGGCCAGAGUUCAUUCGACGAGCUGGCUAUUCUUCGCGAAGACUUGGAAGUUAAAGUGCAAGUGUGGAAAGCUACCAAGGACUGGGCAGCCCAAGCCGAGUUGUGGCGAGAUACCACUUUCGCAGAUGCCAACGUGACCUCAUUGGAGGACAAAGUCGCCGCGUAUUUCAAAACCACACUCAGUUGCGAACGAUCUCUGCCUGGGAACCCCGUCGUCCAUGCAUUAAAGGAGGCCGUGGAGAGUUUCAAAGUGACGUUGCCGAUUGUCGGGGAUUUGCGGUGUCCGGCGCUACAAGAUCGCCACUGGAAAGAGUUGACGGAUGUCCUGCACUUUGACGUGAUGGGCGAUCCGAGCUUGACGCUGGGACGACUGGUGGACAUGAAAUUGCAAGAGUUUGCACCCAGUGUGAACCGUAUCGCGACGGAAGCAACGCAGGAAAAGUUGCUCGAGAACUUGCUGGUGCGCAUUUCCACCCUAUGGGCCGACUUGGAGUUUGACAUCAAGUCGCACAACGACCGCAAGGACAUGUACGUCCUGGGCGCGACCGACGAGAUCAUCAGCGCGUUGGAAGAGAGCUUGAUCAAUAUGAACACGAUCCUCGGAUCCCGCUACGUCGGGCCCAUCCGCGACGACGCCGUGGCCCUGCACAAUCGUCUCGUGUCUUUUCAGGAAACCGUGGACGAAUGGAUGGCGUGUCAACGGGAAUGGGUGUACCUGGAAACAAUAUUUUCGGCGCCGGACAUCCAACGCCAGCUGCCAGCGGAAGCGCAAAUGUUUACAAUUGUCAACACAUUUUGGAAGGAUUUGAUGCUCAGGACCCACGACACGCCCAACUGCAUGAAGGCGACGGCCGCCCCGGGCUUGUGCGAUACCCUUUCCAAGCACAACCAUUCCCUCGAAAAGAUGCGCAAGUCCCUAGAAGACUACUUGGAAACCAAGCGGCAGGCGUUUCCCCGGUUUUACUUUCUCAGCAACGACGAAUUGCUCGAGAUCUUGGCCCAUACGAAGGAACCCCACGCUGUCCAGCCGCACUUGUGCAAGUUGUUCGACGCGAUUAUGCGGCUCGAGUUCGGAGAUGCUCACGGGUCGAUCGAUAUUUUGAGUAUGAACUCGAGCGAGGGGGAGAGGGUCCCGUUUGGCCGCAACUUGAAAGCCCGGGGGAACAUUGAGGACUGGCUCAAUGCUGUCCAAGUCAACAUGACCACGUCGCUGCAUCGAUCCAUGAAAGCGUGCGUGGGUGACUAUGAGCCGUCGCAGCGUGACAGCUGGAUCUUUCUCCACCCGGCGCAGUGCGUGGCGAGUGUCACGUACAUGGUAUGGGCCAAGGAGUGCGAGGGGGCGUUCGGCCUGGCCGGGGGGCUGGAGAAGUGGCACAAAACGAUCGUGGCGCAGCUGGGGGGGCUCACGCGGCUCAUCCGGUCACCGCUGACCAAGCUGCAGCGGUGCAUCGUCACGUCCUUAGUCACGACGGACGUGCACGCGCGAGACAUCGUCGACGAGCUGAUCCAGCUCAAAGUGCACGCAACACAUGACUUUAACUGGAAAAAACAGCUGCGGUACAUGUGGGAUGUAGACUUAGACGACACGCUGAUCCAACAGUCAAAUGUGAGCAUUCGAUAUGGGUACGAAUACAUGGGCGCGUGCUCCCGCCUGGUGAUCACACCGUUAACGGACCGGUGCUGGAUGACCAUCACGGGCGCGUUCGACCUCAAGCUCGGGGCGUCGCCGUCGGGACCCGCGGGCACAGGCAAGACGGAAACGUCGAAAGACUUGGCCAAAGCGCUGGCGAUUCAGUGCAUUGUGUUCAACUGCUCGGACCAGAUCGACUACAAGAUGAUGGCAAAGCUGUUUUGUGGGCUGUCGCAGUGUGGCUGCUGGACGUGUCUGGACGAGUUCAACCGCAUCGACAUCGAAGUGCUCAGUGUAAUUGCUCAACAACUCAUGAUCCUUCGGCAGGGGCGACUAGCUGGCACGACUGAGUUGUGCUUCGAAGGCCGAACGAUUUUACUUCAAGACCAUCACGUGAUAGUGACUAUGAACCCGGGGUAUGCAGGAAGAACCGAGUUGCCUGACAACCUCAAGAUCUGCUUUCGACCGAUCUCGAUGAUGGUGCCAGACUACAGCCUGAUCGCAGAGAUCAUGAUGUUCUCUGAGGGGUUUGAUAAUGCCAAGGACCUGAGCAAGAAAAUCACAAAAUUGUACAAGCUCUGCUCCGAGCAGCUGAGCCAGCAGACGCACUACGACUUUGGCAUGAGAGCCGUCAAGACGGUGCUGGUCAUGGCGGGGGGCAUCAAGCGCCAGCAAGCCAACAGCAACUCCAACGCAGCAGCUGCCCCCAGUGAAGAGCUUCUGCUCAUCCGGGCGAUAAGAGAAGCGAAUCUGCCCAAGUUCGUCGACGAUGACCUCGCCCUGUUCCUCCUCAUCAUCCGCGACUUGUUUCCGAACGUACAAGUGCCGGAAGCUCAGGCCAGUGUGCUUGAAGAAAGCAUCGCUCAGCAGAAACGGCAAAUGGGGCUCCAAGACGUGCCGGCCCUCACAAGGCGCGCCGUGGACCUGUUCGAGACGCUCCAAGUGCGGUCGGGGGUCGCCUUGACCGGACACAGCGGCAGCGGCAAGACCACCUGCUACACACUGCUCAAGAAUGCCAUGGGCGACUUGCGCGAGGACAAGCAGAGCGCGGACCGCCGAUUCCAGCGAGUCACUAUCAACGUCCUCAAUCCCAAGUGCAUUUCACUGGGCGAACUGUACGGCAGUUUCCACCCGCUCACACAUGAGUGGAAGGAUGGCCUCGCGUCGUCUCUCAUGCGCACCAUCAUCUCCGACAACUUGGAAGGAAAUACCGGCCAAGACAAAGAAGUGUUUCCAUGGCUCGUGUUCGAUGGCCCCAUCGACGCGCUGUGGAUUGAAAACUUGAACACGGUCCUAGAUGACAAUAUGACGUUAUGUCUGGCCAACGGCGAGCGCAUCAAGCUGCUUCCGCGGAUGCGACUACUAUUUGAAGUAUCCGACAUGAACUCUGCGUCUCCCGCGUCUGUGUCCCGGCUGGGAGUGCUCUACUUCUCCGACAAGACGCUGGGCUGGCGGCCGUAUGUGGACACGUGGCUAAACGAAAUCUUUGGCAGUUCCGACCAAGACCCGAAAUACGCUUCCCCCAAACUGCGACCGCGACUGACCAAGCAGCUGGAAACGUUUCUGGACGCGCCGUGGAUCUAUUCGUUUCCCCUUCCGCUCCAGACGACGUUGCUCAGCUUGAUUGUCAACGGCUGCGACUUGUUUGCAACGUUAUUACAUCGGCAGCAAAACUGGUUUCCCUCCGCCGACGCCGACAAGCAGCUCAAGUGUCUGGACAUGCUCUUCGUGUUCGCCAUGGGGUGGGCCUUCGGAGGCAACUUGUUCGAGCGCGACCAGCGCCAGUUCAACCAAUUGUACAUGGGCUGGCUAGGCGACAACAAGAGCCUCUUUGUACCUUCGCUCUUGCAGGUUUGUGGGAAAAGCAGCGGGGGCGCGUCCAGCUGUGUCGGCACGGGGGCAAGUCGUAGCAUGGCGUGCGUGUAUGACUUUUCGAUCGAGUUCGCUGAGCUGGCAUGGAGCCACUGGGAGAACAGCGUCGCGCCUUUCACGUACAACAUGCACACACCCGUGUUCAACAUCACAGUGCCCACGGUGGACGUGACUAAGUACUCGCACCUGUACACGUUGCUCGUGGCGGCCAUGAAGCCGGUCUUCUUGACGGGCGACACUGGCGCCGGAAAGACUGUGAUUGCGCACUCGGUGCUGGAUACGCUGGCCAGCUCUGGCGAUGCCCACGGCCCGGGGGUGAUCCCAGUGUACGUGCACUUUUCCGCCCAAACCACGAGCAUGACCACGCAAAGCAACAUCGAAUCCAAGCUGAUUAAAAAACGCAAGACGUUGCUCGGGGCACCUGUGAACCACAAGGUGGUUGUGUUUGCCGACGACAUCAAUUUACCCGCGGCAGACGUAUACGGCACCCAGCCGUGCAUUGAGUUGCUAAGACAGUUGCUCGACCACAAGGGCGUGUACGACCGUGAAAAGUACUUUUGGAAAGACGUGUCGGACACGGUAAUCACCGCCGCCGCUGGGCACCCCGGCGGCGGUCGACAAGCGCUCAGUCAGCGAUUCAUGAAGCACUUUACCGUAUUUUCCCUUCCAGCCGGCAACGACGACGCGAUGCGCGUGAUCUUCAGUGCGGUGGUGCUGGGGCAUCUGAAUGCACUGAACAAUGUAUCCCCCGGGGUGCGCGAUGCCACCGUUCAGAUGGUGGACGCGACCAUCAGUUUGUAUGGCGCCGUGUCGGAGGAGCUGCGGCCAACGCCGUCGCGGUGUCAUUAUUUGUUCAACUUGCGCGACGUGGUCAAGGUGUUUGCAGGCGUAGUGAGCAUCCGUUCGUCCUUCUCGGUCGAGACCGCCGUUAAGCUGUGGAUGCACGAGUGUCUUCGUGUGUUUUGCGACCGCCUAGUCUGCAAACCCGAUCGAGUGUGGUUUACCACGACACUGGUGGGGUUAGUCAACAAGAGUUUCCGCAUGGGAUGGACCCACGACGCCAUCUUUGGCUCGGAGGAUGCGAUUUCGGUGCUUUUUGGGUGCUACGGGACGGGUUCGGUCAAGGACUACGACGAGAUCGCCGACAUUGCCAGCCUCGAAGACUUGCUGAAUUCGUUCGUGGACGAGUACAACAGCACCCACCCGACGCCGCUGACGCUGAUCUUCUUCCGAGAUACAAUCAUGCACGUGUCCAGCAUGGCUCGGAUCCUCAUGCAACCUCGGGGAAACGCCAUGUUGAUUGGCGUGGGCGGGUCCGGCAAGCGGAGUCUGGCCAAGCUGGCAGCGUCCAUCAUGUCCCACGACUGCUUUGAGAUCGAACUCACGCGGCAGUACGGCCGCAGCGAAUUCCGCGAAGAUCUCAAGACGUUGCUGGUCAAGACCGGCGUGAAAGGCAAAGACACGAUGUUUCUGCUCACGGACACGCAGCUCAUCUCGGACGAGUUUGUCGAAGACAUUAACGCCCUGCUCAACGCUGGCGAGAUCCCGCAUCUGUUUACACACGAAGAGUUCGAAGCUGUGGUCAACGACAUGAAGCCGGUACUCGCGCAGUUGUCCAUCGAAGACACCCGCCAGCAUGCCGAAACGACGUUUGUCCAGCGAAUCCGGAGCCACCUCCACAUUGUGCUGUGCAUGUCGCCGGUGGGCGCCACGUUUCGCCGCUGGUGCCGGCAGUUUCCGUCGCUGAUCAACUGCACGACUAUGGACUGGUACGACGAGUGGCCGACCACCGCGUUGAUGUGCGUGGCCGAGAGCUACCUCGUGGACGUGGUGCUGGCAGCGGAAGCGUCGCGCAGGGCGUUGGCCCAUAUGUUUGUGCAGGUGCAUCUGAGCAUCCAUCGACACACGCUAUUGUUCCAUCAAGUGUUUCAGCGGCACGUGUAUAUCACGCCCAAAACGUACUUGGACUCGAUCCGACUCUAUCUGCGCAUGCUCAUGGAGAAGCGCCAGCAGGCCAAAGACGCCUUUGAACGGCUGAGCACUGGUGUCGUUAAGCUUGAAGACACUAAUCGCAUUGUGGCCGCGCUGCAGAUUGAACUGACCAACUUGCAGCCAAUUCUGGCCGCCAAGGCUGUCGAGGCCGAGGAAUUGCUCAAACAAGUGUCCAUCGACCAGAAAGAAGCGGCGGUCGUCGAGCAAAGGGUGAGCCACGACGAAGCCAUAGUAAAAGCGCAGGCAUAUGAAGUGUCGAUCAUUCAAGCUGACGCGUUAAAAGACUUGGAAACGGCCAUGCCAGCUCUGAACGCCGCUGUCCAAGCGUUGGAUUCACUGGACAAGAAGGACAUCACCGAAGUCCGGAGCUUUGCUAAACCGCCUCAAAUCGUGAUUGUGGUCAUGGAGGCGGUGUGCAUCAUGCUCGGGGAAAAGCCCGACUGGGACACGUCCAAGAAGCUGCUGGCCAAGUCGACGUUCAUGCAGGAGCUCAAGGAGUACGACAAGGACAACAUCCCGCCUUCGGUUCUCAAGAAGGUCCGGAAAUACACCGACAGCCCCGAGUUCGCCGUGGACGAAGUGAAGAAGGUGUCCAAGGCCGCCAUGAGUCUGUGCAUGUGGAUCCACGCCAUGGACGUGUACUCGAGAGUUGUGAAGGAAGUAGGUCCGAAGCGCGAUCGGCUCAACCAGAUGAACGCCGUGCUCCAGGACGCCAACGGCAAACUUGCUACGAAACAAGCCGAACUCAACGCUGUGAUCACGCGGGUGCGGGGGCUCCAGGCGCAAUGCGACUUUGUCGUGGCCGAGAAAAAGCGCCUCAUCAUGGAGAGCGACUUGACUCGGGAGCGGCUGAAGCGCGCCGAGAAGCUCACAGUGGGCCUGGCAGACGAGCUCAUCCGGUGGAAAGCAUCGAUGGAGGCGAUGGUCAAGGACGAGGUCAACUUGGUGGGCGAUGUAUUUCUGUCUGCGGCAUCGAUCAGUUACCUGGGCCCGUUUGACUGCACGUUUCGAGCCAAGUUGACCAAGUUGUGGCUACUCGAAUGCAACCAGUUGCUGCCGUGCACGACCAACUAUAGUUUGUUAGAAACUUGCUGCGACUCGGUGCAACUUCGCGAGUGGCAGCUCCACGGCCUGCCCUCGGACACGGUAUCGGGGGAGAACGCGAUCAUGCUGUUCCGCGGCGACCGGUGGCCGUUGCUGAUCGAUCCCCAGCAACAAGCGGCCAGCUGGAUCAAACGCAUGGAGCUGCCAUUCAACCUCGAGCUGGUCAAGCUGCACGACAAGCAGUUGUUGCGAAACGUUGAAACGUGCGUUCGGGACGGCCGGCCGUUGCUCAUAGAGGACGUUCAGGACACUCUGGACCCGGCGCUCGACACUUUGCUGCUGAAAUCUCUCACCAAACAAGGCGGCAAGUACAUGUUGCGCCUGGGGGAUAAAGACGUCUUGUACGAUCGCAACUUCAGGUUGUACAUGGUCACCAAGCUGCCGAACCCACACUACCUCCCGGACGUGUGCAUCAAAGUAAACAUGAUCAACUUCACCGUGACAAAGGAGGGCCUGGAAGAUCAGUUGCUGGGCGAUGUCGUGCGGAAGGAGCAGCCCGAGAUCGAGCUCAAGAAGAACACGCUUUUGGCUAGUAUUGCCAACGACCAGAAGCUCCUCCAGGCGAUCGAGUCCAAGAUCCUGCUGCUGCUGUCCACUUCCCAGGGCAACAUCCUCGACGACCAAGUGCUCAUUCACACGUUAGCCGAGUCCAAACAAACGUCUACGGUCGUGUCGGAGCGGCUGGCCGAGUCGGAGGUCACGCGGGCGGACAUCUCGGACAUCCGCAACAAGUACCGGAGUGUGUCCACGCGCGGGUCCAUCUUGUACUUCGUCCUAGCCGACUUGGCGGCGGUGGACCCCAUGUACCAGUACUCCCUCGAGUACUUCUCCAGUCUGUUCAACCAAAGCAUGGACGAGUGCAUUAAGAGCCCGACCGUGUCCAUAGAUGGUAGACUACCCCUCCUGAUUGAAAGCCAGACGUUUCUAGUCUACAGAAAUGUAUGCCGGGGACUGUUUGAGUCGCAUAAGCUGCUCUUGUCGUUCGUCAUGGCGGUGCGGAUUGCGAUCGACGCGGGGGUGGUGACCCCCCCCGAGCUGUUGCUUUUGAACCCCGUGGCGGUCUCAACGGAUGCAUUGGCAAUGCCAAAACACAUAGGCAUUGCUACGACGAUGGCAGCAACUUGCUCAGCAAUGGAAGGCAUCCCAGCGUCCAUGCAAUUGUACCCACAAGCGUGGGCGAGUUGGAUCGACCACGACAACCCGUACAAGGCCGAGAUGCCCGACGAGUACGACGUCAAGCUGACCUCGUUCAUCAAGUUGGCUCUGGUCAAAGCUCUCCGUCAAGACCGAGGCAUUGUCAGUGUUGUGUCGUUCAUUGGUGGAUAUUUGGGGGCGCAAUACACCAAGUCGCCUCCGUUUGCCAUGUCGGAUGUGUACGCCGACAUGUCGAAAACGGUUCCGUGCGUGUUUAUUCUGUCAUCCGGGGCGGACCCGACCAGCAUUUUGCACCGGUUUGCACAGUCCAUGAACAAGGACGACCACCUCCACGUCGUGUCCCUCGGCCAAGGCCAGGGCGUGGUGGCGAGUGCGUUGAUCGACCGGUGCUCUCAAUCUGGCGACUGGGUGCUACUGCAAAACUGCCACUUGGCCAAAUCGUGGAUGCCCGCCUUGGAGAAGAUCCUCCAGGGGCUUCGACUCGACCCGUCCGACGUCAACGACGCCUUCCGCCUCUUCGUCACGUCCUUUCCCGCGUCCUACUUUCCGAUUUCGAUCUUACAGUCUAGCGUCAAGAUCACCAACGAGCCGCCCAAAGGCCUCAAGCCCAACCUUCUGCGGUCGUUCGAGAUGGUUAUCACAGACGACGCCCUCAGUCAAUGCGCCAAACCCGCGUGGAAGCAGCUCGUGUUCGGCUUGUGCUUCUUCCACGCGGUGCUCCAGGAGCGCUCCAAGUUUGGGCCCAUGGGGUGGACCCUUCCCUAUCACUUCAACGACUCGGACCUGGAGACGGCACUGUCGGUCCUCCGGACGUUUCUCAACGAGAACGACCACAUUCCGUGGGAAGCGCUACAUUAUGUGACAGGGGAAAUCAACUACGGCGGCCGCGUCACAGACGAGUUCGAUAGACGGUGCCUGGUCACCAACCUGCAGCGGUUCUACUCGCCCGUGAUCUUAGACGACAAUGGUCCCGCUAGGUUCUUUACUCGUUCGUCGGAGCUGUACUUUGCCCCAACACAGUGUCACACAGCGGUGGCCUUCCGUGACUUUAUAGAGCUGUUGCCGUCGCAUGACACGCCCGACCUGUUUGGGCUCCACGAGAACGCCAAUAUUGUCUUCCAGACCCACGAAACCAACGCCUUGUUCGUCACAGCCCUGGACCUGCAGUCCAGAGGAGCAACUUCAGCGUCGUCAGUCUCCCUAGUCGAAGACACCGGCGACGCCGCAGUGCUCCAAAUCGCCGCUCAAGUGGACAGCCUCCUCCCAGCAUUGCUCGGAAACGAACUUACUCCUCAAAGUGGGCUCGUGGUGGACUCGCUCGCGACGGUGCUCGGGCAGGAAAUGGUCAAGUUUAACACCCUUCUUCGGGUGGUGCAGGUGUCCAUAACGCAGCUGCAGCUGGCCGUCAAAGGCGUCGUGACCAUGAGUGAAGGACUGGACUCGACGUACAAGAGCCUACUUCUACAGCAAGUUCCUCCAGAAUGGCACAAGGUGGGCUUUGCCUCGUUGAAGCCCCUCGCGGCGUGGCUCGUGGACGUCGUGGACCGCGUCGAGUUCUUCCGCCAGUGGCUGCAGAACGGGUCGCCGCCCCCGACGUUUCCGUUGCCGUACUUUUUCUUCCCCCAGGGGUUUCUCACGAGCUUGCUCCAGAACCACGCCCGAAAGCACGUGUUGCCGAUCAACACUCUCGAGUUUACCUUUGAAGUGGACCCGGCCGACUUGGCAGUAGUCGACGGCGCCAUCGUCACGGGCCUGUUCCUGGAAGGCGGGCGGUGGGACAACCAACGCAAGCUGCUCUGUGAUGCCAACCCGAAUGAAAUGCUGUCGGUGCUGCCCCCCGUCCACUUUUUGCCGUACGUUGUCACAUCCGGGGACGCUCAGAGCGCUGGUCCGAGGUACGAGUGCCCCGUGUACAAGACCACCGCGAGGCGAGGUACGCUGUCCACCACGGGCAUCUCGUCCAACUUCGUCAUCUCCGUUCAUCUCCCGUGCGAACAUUCCGCCGCCUACUGGGUCCUCAAUGGCACAGCGCUUAUUGGAAACCUCAACCAGUAA